GAACGCCAAAAUCAGGCCCAUUACGUUAGCUUGGAGAGCAAGACCGCUAAACUCGAAUUUCUCGUCUUCCCUAUAACUAUUCGUUUCUCUCCUCUCUUUCUCUCUCUGUGAAAACCUGACGUAAACAGCGAGUAGAGAUAUGGCAACGGCAAUGGUUGAGGACAGCAAUUUCGAGGACGAUCAGCUGGGUUCGAUGUCGACAGAGGACAUCGUCAGGGCAUCGCGUCUGCUUGACAACGAGAUCCGAAUCUUAAAGGAAGAGCUCCAGAGGACGAAUCUAGAUUUGGAUUCAUUGAAGGAGAAGAUAAAGGAGAACCAAGAGAAGAUUAAGCUCAACAAACAGCUUCCUUACUUAGUCGGCAACAUCGUGGAGAUUUUAGAAAUGAACCCUGAGGAAGAUGCCGAGGAAGAUGGGGCAAAUAUUGAUCUUGAUUCACAAAGAAAGGGUAAAUGUGUUGUGUUGAAAACAUCCACUCGUCAGACAAUCUUCUUGCCUGUGGUUGGUCUUGUUGAUCCUGAUAAGUUAAAGCCUGGUGAUUUGGUUGGAGUGAAUAAAGACAGUUAUUUGAUCUUGGACACUUUGCCAUCGGAGUUUGAUUCCCGGGUUAAGGCUAUGGAAGUUGAUGAGAAGCCUACUGAAGAUUAUAAUGAUAUUGGAGGCCUAGAGAAACAGAUCCAAGAACUUGUUGAAGCAAUUGUUUUGCCAAUGACACAUAAAGAGAGGUUUCAAAAAUUAGGAGUUCGCCCUCCUAAAGGAGUUCUUCUGUAUGGGCCUCCUGGGACAGGGAAGACUCUUAUGGCUCGUGCCUGUGCUGCACAGACAAAUGCUACUUUUCUUAAGCUAGCAGGACCCCAACUUGUGCAGAUGUUCAUUGGAGAUGGAGCAAAACUUGUUCGUGAUGCUUUUCUGCUUGCCAAGGAAAAAUCGCCUUGCAUUAUUUUCAUUGAUGAAAUUGAUGCUAUUGGUACAAAGCGUUUUGAUAGUGAAGUUAGUGGGGAUCGAGAGGUCCAGCGAACUAUGUUGGAGUUACUUAAUCAGCUUGAUGGCUUUAGCAGUGAUGAUAGAAUAAAGGUCAUUGCAGCAACAAAUCGAGCUGAUAUUUUAGAUCCUGCUUUGAUGAGGUCUGGUCGUCUGGAUCGUAAGAUUGAGUUUCCUCAUCCUACUGAAGAAGCCAGGGCUAGGAUCUUGCAGAUCCACUCCAGAAAGAUGAAUGUCAACCCAGAUGUCAACUUUGAAGAGCUGGCUCGUUCAACAGAUGAUUUUAAUGGGGCACAAUUAAAAGCUGUUUGUGUUGAAGCAGGGAUGUUGGCACUACGCCGUGAUGCUACUGAGGUUAUCCAUGAAGACUUCAACGAAGGUAUCAUUCAAGUACAGGCUAAAAAGAAAGCAAGCUUGAAUUACUAUGCUUAAAACCGCUUGAAGAGUUGGUGACAGGCUCGGUAGUCGGCUUCUACUUUCAGAUGAAGAACCCAACGCCCCAUGGCGUUUAGACUUCAAAUCCUGAUCUUCUUUUCUCUAUGCCAGUGGAGAAAGAACUGGAAACUCGGAAGGGAAGGGAAUUGCAGGAAUUCAUUGACUAUAUAUUUCUGUUUGUAUUUUAUCUUAUAGUUCUCUCUGCCAAUUAACUUGAGAAUAUUCCUAAAAGUGAGGUGCAGUGAAGUGAAGUGUACAUUUUGUUAUCAUUUGUGGUAUUAAAUUUCUUUAAUAUCUGAUAAUCUCAGUGAACAAGUUUAUGUA